UUUGGACACCUGUUUCCAGCACGAUGAAGAUGACAUUGAGAUUCUUGAGUCCAGGUUUAAUGUCCUUCACAUGAGUCUCUGUGCUCAUGAUCAGUCUGCUUCUGCCCGAAUCCUGCAAGACCUGACACACAACAUGCUGAGAGACUUAAGACAGACAAUAUGGCCACAGAAUCAGAUUUAGAAAAUGAGAUUACCCCCGUUGACUUCAUUCAGCUGCAAGAGUAUAUAGAAUACAGCAGGAUAAAGGUGAAAGAUGCAAUGAAGGAAUUUCAUGCUGGUGGAAAGCUGGUCCACCACAGGUUUGGAGAUCGCAUAGAUGCAGCAGGAUUUUCUCUGUUCCUCAAGACUUAUCUCGAGGUAGAAGAUUUUCCAGCUGAUCUCUGCCAGCGUCUCUACUGGUAUUUUCAAAGAUCUGAACAGUGUUGUCCUGACCAGGGUCAUCACACCAAAGACGGCUGUGUCUCUCUUAAAGCUGUAUCUUGUUACUUUUCCAUAUUGGAGGAUGGAAAUCCACGAGACAAACUAGAGUACACCUUCAAAUUAUAUGAUAAAGAUGACAAUGGACAUCUUGAUAGCAAGGUAACAUCAGUUGUAAAAUUUUUUACACUUUUUGUUGUAUAAUAUGAAUACCUUGGAUGGGAUGUGACAGAACUAAAGCCAGUGCUUAGAGACAUGCUGAAAGCCAUAGACAUAGACAGCAGUGGUACUUUAACCCAACAAGAAUGGAUACAGGGUGGCUUGAACAACAUUCCUCUUCUGGUUUUGCUUGGAUUAAAGGUAGCUGAAAAAGACGGCCAACAUGUCUGGCGGCUGAAAAACUUCAACAGACCCACGUAUUGCUUUGUCUGUCAGAACAUGAUGUUGGGCCUGCGAAAACAGGGCUUGUCAUGCAAUUUUUGCAAAUACACCGUCCACAGCAGCUGUGCCAACAAAAACUGCACACCGUGUGUCAGGACCUUUGUCAGGUCCAAAACAGAGAUAGGGUGUUCAGUUCAUGAUUGGAUCAGUGCUGACUGUGAAUCCAACAAAUGUGAGAUUUGCCACAAAAAGAUUAAAAUGCUAACAGGAAAGAGCUGUGCGUGGUGUCAUCGCAUGCGCCACAGUGACUGUGUUCCUCUGGGCUCAUCACACUGUGACUGUGGACUAUUACAGCAUCACAUCCUUCCCCCAUGGGCCAUAUGUGCUAUGGACUCUAGUUCAGGAAGUAGUCUUGAAGAAAAUUACCUGGCAAACAUAAAUUCAGAUGGACACUUUCUGCAGAUAUUUCCUGUGAAGGACACAAACCCUCUUUUGGUCUUUGUAAAUCCAAAGAGUGGCGGAAAACAGGGAAAGAGAGUGUUGAGAAAGUUUCAGUACCUCCUGAACCCACGACAGGUGUACAAUCUUGACAACGGAGGACCAAAUCCAGGGCUCCAGUUCUUUCAAAAUCUUCAUAAAUGCAGAGUCCUGGUCUGUGGAGGAGAUGGCACUGUUGGGUGGAUUUUGGAUGCUAUUGAUAAAGCUGAUAUGGCGAUUCGCCCUCCAGUUGCAAUCCUUCCUCUUGGGACAGGAAAUGAUCUGGCACGGUGUCUGCACUGGGGAGGGGGAUAUGAAGGCUCUGAUCUGACAGAAAUCAUUAAGCAGAUUGAAAAGAGUAUACUGGUAAAGAUGGAUCGCUGGAGUUUGCAAGUCAUUCCAGCAGAUACGGCAGACGAGGGCGACCCGGUGCCUAAUGACAUCAUCAACAACUAUUUCUCUCUUGGUGUGGAUGCAUCUAUAGCACACCAGUUUCAUGUUAUGAGAGAGAAGAAUCCGCAGAAGUUCAACAGUAGAGCCAGAAAUAAGCUGUGGUAUUUUCAACUCGCAACAUCUGAGACCAUUUCAGCUUCCUGCAGGAACCUCAAGGAAUGUCUUACCAUUGAGUGUUGUGGAGUUCCAGUCGAACUGAGCAGACUCGCAUUGGAGGGCAUCGCUGUCCUGAACAUUCCCAGCAUGCACGGUGGUUCAAACCUGUGGGGAGAAACAAAGAGUGCUGAGAAACUAAAGAAGCGGCAAGAGGUCACUGUUGAUCCUGAUGCGCUUGAGAUGUGCUCACAGGAUAUGAAUGAUAAACUCCUGGAGGUUGUGGGGCUGGAGAGUGUUGUGGAAAUGGGUCAGAUUUACACUGGCUUGAAGAGUAAAGCACAUCGCCUGGUUCAGGCUGCUCACAUCACUAUCAGAACAUAUAAAACUCUGCCCAUGCAGAUUGACGGAGAACCGUGGAUGCAGCCUCCGUGUACGAUUCAUAUCACACACAAAAAUCAGGCUAAUAUGUUGAUGGCUGCUCCUGCUACAUCACUGGGAUGCUUCCCCAAGUAAAACAGAAGCCUGAAGAUCACAGCACAGAAGAUAAAGUAGAUGAAAAAUGAGGAUAUAUUGUAGAACAUUAUACCAUUUGUAAUUGAACACUGUGUACUGUACGAUAAUAGUAAACAUUGUACUUUUAUAGCCUAUCAAAAUAUAUUUUUUUAAAUAAAUUCUGCACUAGGCUUGUGUUCAUCUUUACUGCUAGUUUGUUUGGCACAUGAAUUAUGUAUUUUCUGUUAGUUAAGAAUCCUUUUACAGAAGUAGUCCUAGUAUCUCACACGAUUGAGUUUGUGAUUAAUAACACAUUACAACAAGAUUAUAUACAUUACUAACUGCACAUGUAACGUGUAUUAGAUAUUGCAUACAUGAUGUAUUAUGAAUAUCUUUUCAGACAUUUUUCUUCUUGUUUGAUGUUAAUUUAUAAUUAGAAUUUUGUUCACUGUUAGAUAAUGUUAGUUCGUCAUUGUGCUGUCACUUUCUUGUUAUUAAAAUGAAUUGGUAGUUCGUGUUAACUAUCGUGUAAUGUUGAUGUACACACAACCUUGUAGCAGUGAAACCAAUACAUUUAAUAAAUAAUCAUAUGGUGCUUUCAUAGAUGAUCCUAGAAUAUCAUGCAACUUUUCUUCACUGAAUUGUUCUCUUUCUCUGAACUCCUGGUGUUUUCAGUGGUGACUGAAAUCUCAUUUCAAUUUAUUAAUCACAGUUGUGUAAUUGGGUGCUCUCCUAAGGUAUUACUGUGACAGGUGUGAAGGAGAUUGUAAUUAACACAUUUUAAAUAUGAUUCCACUGUACUUCUACUAAAUA